AUGGCCGCGGCGCCCGGAGGGUCUGCGCCGCCCGCCGGCCCCGGCCCGCGCUUGGGUUUCAGCACCGCGGACAGCGGCGUCGGCAUGAGCGGGCUAAACCCCGGUCCUGCCGUGCCCAUGAAGGACCACGACGCCAUCAAGCUCUUCGUGGGGCAGAUCCCGCGGGGCUUGGACGAGCAGGACCUCAAGCCGCUGUUCGAGGAGUUCGGCCGCAUCUACGAGCUGACGGUGCUGAAGGACCGGCUCACCGGCCUCCACAAAGGCUGUGCCUUCCUCACCUACUGCGCCCGGGACUCUGCUCUCAAGGCCCAGAGUGCACUGCACGAGCAGAAGACCCUGCCAGGGAUGAAUCGUCCGAUCCAAGUGAAGCCGGCUGCCAGUGAGGGCCGAGGAGAGGACCGAAAGCUGUUUGUUGGGAUGCUGGGCAAGCAGCAGGGCGAGGAGGAUGUCAGACGCCUGUUCCAGCCCUUCGGCCAUAUCGAGGAGUGCACCGUCCUCCGCAGCCCGGAUGGCACUAGUAAAGGCUGUGCCUUUGUGAAGUUUGGGAGUCAAGGGGAAGCCCAAGCGGCCAUCCAGGGUCUGCACGGCAGCCGGACCAUGGCGGGCGCCUCGUCCAGCCUCGUGGUUAAGUUAGCCGACACCGAUCGGGAGCGCGCGCUGCGGCGGAUGCAGCAGAUGGCGGGCCAGCUGGGUGCCUUCCACCCGGCACCGCUGCCGCUUGGGGCCUGCGGUGCCUACACCACAGCGAUCCUACAGCACCAGGCGGCGCUACUGGCUGCGGCCCAGGGCCCAGGCCUAGGCCCAGUGGCUGCAGUGGCAGCACAAAUGCAACACGUGGCGGCCUUCAGCCUGGUAGCCGCACCGUUGUUGCCUGCAGCAGCAGCCAGUUCUCCACCUGGCAGCGGCCCUGGCACCCUUCCCGGCCUCCCUACGCCCAUCGGGGUCAAUGGAUUCAGCCCCCUCACCCCCCAGACCAAUGGGCAGGCGGGCUCCGACACUCUCUACAAUAACGGGCUCUCCCCUUACCCAGCCCAGAGCCCUGGUGUGGCUGACCCCCUGCAGCAGGCCUACGCUGGGAUGCACCACUACGCAGCAGCCUAUCCAUCAGCCUAUGCCCCAGUGAGCACAGCUUUUCCCCAGCAGCCUUCAGCCCUGCCCCAGCAGCAAAGAGAAGGCCCCGAAGGCUGUAACCUCUUCAUCUAUCACCUGCCUCAGGAGUUUGGUGAUGCAGAACUCAUACAGACAUUCCUGCCCUUCGGAGCCGUUGUCUCUGCCAAAGUCUUUGUGGAUCGAGCCACCAACCAGAGCAAGUGUUUCGGGUUUGUUAGCUUUGACAAUCCAACCAGUGCCCAGACGGCUAUUCAGGCCAUGAAUGGCUUUCAAAUUGGCAUGAAGAGGCUCAAGGUCCAGCUAAAGAGGCCCAAGGAUGCCAAUCGGCCUUACUGAUCUGCUCUCACUGACCAGCCACAGAAAAACUGAAGAGUGAGAAGAAAGGAGAGAAAAAGCACAGCAACGCUUGAGCAGCCCUUCCUGAAGGAGCAGCCACAGACGGAGAAGGAUCGGACCCAAGGCUGGCGCCUGGGACUCAGGCCACUUUAAGGAUAGUUUUAAUCACAUGGGUUGUUCUGUGCCUGUGCCAAGAGCGCAGGCUGGCUAGGCAACAGGGGCUGGCUGAGGACUGACCAUCUAGGGGAACCAGCAGAGGGCCUUGGGGGUGCCAAGGGCUUAUCUACAAAGGAAGCCCCAAUUACUUCUUUCAAAAUCAUAUCAUUCCUUAGAGUUUAGGGACCAAAGGACUAUUGCUUUUUUAAGAAUAUAUAUAUAUAUAUCUAUAUAAAUUAAAAGAAACAUACAAAAAAAAACCACAAGAGAAACUAAAAUGACAGUAUAGAGUCUCAUAAAAGCUGCCUUUAAAUAUCCCUAGGAGACAGGGUGAAGGAGAACCCUUGAAAGCCCCAGCCUAGGCAGAGGGAGGCUGUGGACGAUUGUUCUGUGUUUCAUUCCCUCUUAAACCAUCCUUUUCUCCACCUGCCUUUCAAAACUAAGGACUUCUGUCUAGGCUCAAAUGCAGGCAACAAGUGAGUUAUAGGAGCAGUGAUCCCACAACCUCCAAUCUCAGAGAGCAUCUCCAAAGAGAUCCCGGGAGGAGCCCUGGUGUGCCUGGACCUUUGUCACCCCGAGAGGGCCCCUAGCCAACAGAGGGUUCCUGCGUUUCCUUCCUGACAGCCUUUCCCGCGGAACCACUGCUUCCUCGGGCAGGAAGAACCAGGGAGCUUGGCCACUUCAGCCUUUCCCUUCCUUUUCCAGAUAGACAGAGGCUCUGCCUUUGGCUGAGUAAAGAAACCUUCUGUUUCUCUUCACCUUGAGCCAGCCCCAGUGUCCCCUUGCUCCAGGCCACCUUCUGUCUUGAAGUCUGAGUUUGCCCACCUAUGAAGUAGAGUCGGGAUAUGUAUAGAGGGCUGUGACAACAGACUUGGAAGGUUUGCUACUGUAAAUACUGCCAUUGAGAAGGGGAUAAUUUUCAAUAUGUAGAAGCUUCAGAAUUUAGAGGUCCCUCCUUACCCAGGGCCUGAGAGGGAAGUAGAUGUUUUGCCAAAAUACUUCUUCAUUCCUUUAAAAAAAAGUACAUCUUUCCUAUGCAAGUGUCUCACAUGUGCUUAUCCAAGGUGCUUCUAGAUGGUGAGCAGUGUUCAGCUUAGAAGUGGUGUGUGCUCUGUCUGUCUGUCUUUGUCUGUCUGUUGUAUACAGUGGGUGCCAUAUAAAGCUGAUCAAUGGUGGUGCUUCCUGCCUGCUUCUGUGAGAUGGGCAAAGAUUCAGCUUAGAACACCGUGACUCACCUCGCCUUGGUCAGCCUUUCCUGGGCCUGCAGGGCCUUGCACAUACUUUUCCCAGGAGGAUAAUUUCCCCUCCAACCCCUAGACAUGGAUCAGACUUGUCUGGGGCCCAACUGUGUGGUGGUCACAAUGAUCCCCAGAGAUUGCUGAGACUGCAAGUUACUGAUCUGAUAACACAUCAGACAGUAAAGGAUAUGAGGGUGGGGUUGGAGGGUUCCUCCCUCAUAACAGUUUCUAAGAAAACUUAUUCCCACCUGUUCCUCUGUC